GUUAUGUGAGUGAGUGAGCGGACGUGUAGUGCUGACCCACAUUUGCAUGGCUGCGUCGCUCGACGUUUUCAGGAUCAGUGCUCGAUUCAUCACGUCUGCUUCGCCAUGACAGACACAUCGGAAGUGAGUUUUUAACGUUUAGCGUCACGUCGAAGCAAGUGUUUUUAACUGAGAAAAUUAAAAAAGACGUUUUGUUCGUUGAAAAUGUACCGCUUGUUGGUGCCACACGGUUUAUGUGCCAAAUGCACAAUGCUUCCCUCGCGAGUUUCCACUCUGUGGAUGUCACUAGCCCGCGGGCGAGCUAGGCCGUCCGACGAACGGAAUGUUUGGAACCAAAGCCGAUGCUACGCGAGCGGGUCCACCAAGACCUUUUCAAAAAACUAUAACAAGUUUUCCUUAGUGUGGGUGUGCGGGGCCGGUGUGGGGCUCGCCUUGGUUUUUGGACUCCAAUAUCACGCGCGGCCAGAAAACACGGCGAUAGAGCCACAGAAACGUCGAUAUGAUGCUGCAGUCAAAGCCAGCCGAGUCUUGGUGGAGCGGAUACAGGUAGGCGCGCAGGUAUGCAGGCAGGAAUGCGCAAUUAAACCGGCCCCACCAGUCUGGCUCGCCUGCUGCAGUUAUGCCGUUUAUGUGGGUUUCUUCUCUUGGAAGGCUGAGGUCGGAGCUCCCGGCCUGGUGGUGGGGGUCUCUGUAGAUGGAGUUCCUGUCUGGUGUCAAGGGGUCGGUUAUGCCGAUUUGGAGAAUCGUCUACCGUGUGCCCCGGAAACUGUGAUGCGAAUCGCCAGCAUCAGUAAGUCGCUCACGUCUGCGGCGGCUGCACGUCUGUGUGAGGAAGGGAAACUCGAUCUUGAUGCACCCGUCCAGAAAUACGUACCAGAGUUUUCUCAAAAGCAGUUUGAUGGACAGAAUGUCACAAUAACGCCUCGCAUGAUUCUCUCCCACCUCAGCGGUAUACGGCAUUACGAGAAGGACCCAAAUAAAGUGAGGGAGGACAAGGAGAAAGCCAAGCGACUUUUGAAGCCAUCAGUGAAGGAGAAAAAGGAGGACAAGAGCUUGUGUGAAAAUAAAGAUGAGCCCACUAAAGAGCAGAAUAUCCAAUCCGAAGAAGCUUCCUGGGGCAAGAAAAAAAAUGAGUUUGAGCAUAAAGAAUACUACUUGAUGGACAAUUUUGAAAGUGUCACUCAGGCUUUGGGCCUCUUUAAGGAUGACCCACUCAUUUUUAAACCAGGCACAACAUUCCUAUACUCCACCCACGCCUACACCCUCCUUAGUGCUGUCAUAGAAAAGGCUGCUGGCCAACGCUUCCUGGAUGUCAUGACAAACCUCUUCCGGGAACUUGGAAUGCUCAAUACUGUGCCUGAUCAGAAUGAACCAAUCAUUUACCAUCGCUCCAGAUAUUAUCAUCUGAGCAAGCGAGGACGGGUAGUGAACUGCCCGUACGUAGACAACUCGUACAAGUGGGCAGGCGGCGGCUUCCUUUCCACGGUAGGGGACCUGCUGCUCUUUGGUAACGUUCUACUCUACAGUUACCAGAUGGCCCACGUAAAGGACACUGCAGGGCUGCUGCCCGGCUUCCUCAAACCCCAAACUGCCGUGGAGUUAUGGACAGCGGCGGACAAGACGGAAGCCAGCUGGGACAAGGAUGGACGGUACGGCCAAGGCUGGCUGGUCGUGGACAAACAGCAGAAAUACGGGCAGUGCAGAAAGCGCCGGCACUAUGUGUCGCACACAGGAGGCGCUGUGGGGGCAAGCAGUGUCCUGUUGGUGUUGCCCAGUGAGGAGAUUGAGCAGCGGCAGGGACAGAAUGUCCUACCGCAGGGGGUGGUGGUCACCAUUAUCACCAACAUGCAGUCGGUGGGACUCAACAGCACAGCCCUGAAAAUUGCACACGAGUUUGACAAAGCCAGAAGUGCGUAAGUUGUUUCCAGAAACGUGACUGAUUUGUUUUGAUGUAGCUUUUAGAGUGUGUUGUUGAAAAGGAGAUACUUAAAGCUGUAUUUUUACAUCAAACUAAUUAAUUUCUUGCUUUAGACUGCAAUACCUCACUGUUUGUAACACAAAAAGUCUAGUGUCAAACAAAUCCAUGUAAUUAUGAAUUUUUGCCUUGAACAAAUAUUUCUUAAUUUUACAAUGAAAAGGAAUUCAUUAUCAAAAUUGAUUUGUUUCUGUGUCAUAUUUAAUGAACUUGUUGUGGCCAAAGAUUAUUUGACAUUUGAUUAUUACAUGAUUUUUCAAAUAUCCUUUCAUUGGUGAGGUUGAAUGGUCAUUGCAUUACAGAUACCGUAAGAUAAGCUUUCAUUAGUAGAAAUCAAGACACAGAGGUGUUUAUACGACAUCAAACAAAGAAGAACACACUGCAAAAAAAUGCAUUCCGUCCAGUUUUUUUCACUUUUUUGAAACUGACUGUAUUGAAUCAGUUGUUGCCCUUUUUUGUUUUUGCUAUAAUUAUGAAGUCUGAAGUCAUCUUUGUAAUCAUUACAUGAGAUUGAAAAAUAUACAGUAUUGUGUAAUGUUUAAAUUGUUUAGUUUUGGGAAAACAUGGAAAAUGUUUCUCUUUCAGUCCACUAGAUGGUGUUAACCACUAGAAAUGCCAGCAAUCAGAAUCAGAAUCAUCUUUAUUUGCCAAGUAUGUCCAAAACACACAAGGAAUUUGUCUCCGGUAGUUGGAGCCGCUCUAGUACAACAGACAGUCAAUUUACAGAACACUUUGGAGACAUAAAGACAUUGACAAAAAACAAUUGUGCAAAAAGAUGCAGAGUCCUCUAGCACUUAGAGCAGUUCGAAUGGCUAAUAUCGCAAUAGUCCGGUGCAAUGACCAUUGUGCAAAGGGCACUGAGACUUCAAGGAGUGUAUGCAGUUUAAAGUGACGAGUAGUGCGAUAAUCUGGGACAAUGGUUGUGCAAAUGUUACAGAUACUCCUCAAUCAGUGUGCAAAUGGAGCAGAUGCUACUCUGGCAUGAGUGGCCAGUAUAUGCAAAUAGUGCAGCACGGCGAGACAACUACAGUGAGUGCAUAAUUGGCCCCACAGAAAUGUGACAACGAACUCAAGUCAAAAAAUUGCCAGCUUGUUGUAAUGGAAUUAUAAAUUAGCUGUUUAAGAAGUUGAUUGCAAGAAGGAAGAAGCUGUUGGAAUGUCUACUAGUUCUAGUUUGCAUUGAUCGGUAGUGCCUACCUGAGGGAAGUGCUACGUAGGAAGAAAAUUGUGAGUUGUAUAUACUCGAGCGAUUGUCA